AUGGCUUCCAAGGCUUCAGCAGCAAUCGCCCUUCUUCUCUCCCUCAACCUGCUGUUUUUCUCAAUGACCGACGCUCUCAUUACUGGUACACUUACCCAAUGCCCCGGCACUGACCUGAAUGUUUGCGUCAACGUGUUGCCCUUCGGGAUUCUCGGGGGAGGUCUUACACAGGGUAGCCCAUGCUGCGCCCUCCUUGGAAACUUGGUCGCUGCCGAUGCGGAACUUUGCCUUUGUGCUAUGGUCAAGUUCCAAAUCUUUGGUUUCCUCAGCCUCAACAUUGACGCUGAUCUUAACGUUCUUCUCAACAGUUAUUGCAAAAUUGGAACAACCAAAACCUACACCUGCCCUCUUAACUAUUAA